UCCCGCCCCUCAAACGCAGUUCAGAGUCAGCAUGUGAAGGCAGCUGAAAUAAGUCUAUCAAGAUUGUCUGUGGUCUCUCUGCUGAUAAUGGAUUUUUCUGUCUACCUCCUGACUCUGCUUUCUCUCAUCUCACCGUGCACAGCUCAGUGGUGUUACCAGAGUCAGUACUCCUGUGAUGACACAUGCAGAGACCCUAGCCGCUGGGCAGCUCAGUUUCCCAGCUGUGGAGGAUUACGCCAGUCACCCAUUAACAUUGUCACCAAUAACGUGCAUGUCAACAGCGCCCUGCCACCCUUCGACUUCAUCGGUCACACCAACACAAUCAACAUCACAGUGGAAAACAAAGGACACUCUGCUCAUUUUGGUCUGCCACAGUCAGUGAGACUGACUGGAGGAGCUCUGCCUGGUCUCUACAGAGCAGCCCAGUUUCACUUCCACUGGGGAGGAAACGGGAGGCCAGGAUCAGAGCACACCAUAGACGGAGAGAGGUUCCCCAUGGAGCUGCAUAUAGUCCACAUCAAGGAGCCAUACGGCUCUCUGGCAGAGGCAGAACAUGACAUGGCUGGUAUCGCACUGCUUGCCUUCCUGUUUGAGGAAACAACAGAUGAUCAUCCUCAUUUGGACGCAGUGAUAGCUGCUUUGGGCCGCGUACAGAACAAUGGCAGCAGCACAGUGAUCCCAAACUUUCGACUCAGUGAAUUCAUCCCAUCAGCGAAGGAGCUCCACAGUUAUUACCGCUACGUGGGCUCCAUGACAACUCCAGGGUGUGAACAGGCGGUGGCCUGGACAGUGUUUCACAAGACCCUGUCCAUCAGCAGCAGACAGCUGGAUGCGAUCACUCGGCAGUGUCGGUUCUGGACAGGUCAGCCCAUGACAGACAUCUUCAGACCUACGCAGCCUCUGGACGGCAGAGUUGUGUACAGGUCCAAGGCCAGUGCAGCUCUGACAAGUGUGAUCCACCUGUGGGUGUGUGUUUUCUCAGUCAUGCUCUGGACAACGGUCUGAUACACUGACUGCAUGUAACACCUGAUUUAAGAGUAAAACUCCACUUAGGUGAUGGUGAUAAAACAAUAAUCUAUUCAUUAUGUGUAUGGUUAUUCAUUGAACAAAAUGACGUCUGUUAUAGUGCACAAUCCUCAAAGUUAUUUGACACUGAUAAUGACAAGUUAUUGUGCAAAUUAAAUGUGUGUAUGCCUUUUAGCUGUUUUCUCACAACCAUGAAGUGAAAUGACUAAAAGAAGUUAGUUAACUUUGUUUCUUGAAAUAGCUUAAUGACUAUUGGAUGGUGACCAAACCUGCCAAGAUAAUAACAUUUCCUUCAUCAGCGUUGCUUUGUGUUUAGUGCUCUUUAGCAAAUGUCAGCAGGCUAACACACUUAAUAGUGAAAAUGUUAACAUUGUCUUUAUGAUUACAUUGUCAUUGGGAGCUUGUCAGCAUGCUGUUAGCAUUUAGCCCAAGGUGUCGAAGUAAAGCCUGACACAGCUGCCAGCAUGCUAACACUCCUCUAGUAUGUAGACAAACUGUAAUGAUCAUGUUUGAUUUCUAGACCACCUGUCGAGCGAUAAAAAACUCAGCCUACAUUGGAGGUUUGUUUUCCGGCAACAUGUUGGGAAAUUGGAUGUUUAUGUUAAUAAUUCUUCCUUUAGUUCUCAAGGAGUACAUUCUUCAUGUUAUCACCAUGUCAAUACAUUUUAGAUUUGCUGAUUUCCUUUUUAUUACCUGCUGAUUCCUAUGUAGUUGUCAUGUAUUUUUAUUCUUUUCUUUUGUUCAGACGAUUGAUCUUAGAAGCUAUACUUUUGUUUAGUCGUGGGUACAGGAGCCUUAAGCGGACACACGUCCAUAGAUCUUAUUUUACUUAUUUUUCCAGAUAUAAUAAGUACAUUUUAGUUGCUUUGAAGUCUACAACUUUUUUAUCUCGUUAUGUUGGGAUAGCAGCAGCGCUUGUUUCCCCACGAUAACUGAUUAAGUUCUCAAGAUCUCCAGAAAAUGGCUGAAAUUAAGUCGUCACAAUGGGAAAACUAGCGUUUAUCCCAAGAUAAUCAGAUAAAUAAGUUAAGAUCUUAAGGAAAUAUUUUUUUUUAUUUUGUUGUCACUGGAAACCAGAGUUAAAUAGAAUGUAAUAAUGCAUGUCCUGUUAGGACUUCAAACCAUUGGUAAACCAAACAAGUCUUUGAUGUAUAUAAACACAUGUACAGAUUGACAAUUUCUCUUAUUCCUGCUUAUUUGACCCUUUUCAAUGCCCAAUGGGUUGCUUUGUAUACAACCAACAUUAACAAAUUAAAACUAUGGUGAUAUAUAUGGCCAGAUAUGCAACAAACACAUAAAAUCACAUGAAUGUAGAAUAACUUAUGAUAUUAUAUAUGGAAUGCAACAGUAGUCUUCUUUUAUGAAUUAUACUUGUUGAUUUUAAUUUCUAUAAAACCUGAUACUGAUUUUCUGUGUACAUUUUAAAACUUUGACUUUUGAAAAAAUAAAUGUUCUUUAACUUGA